CCGGGCACUCUCGUUGUCAGCCACUGAGAGACAGCGACGCUUAUUUAUGCACAGGCUGUUCACUUUCAGCGCGCUCAAAGUUGGCGGAUUGUCGGCUGGGAGGACUGCGCUCGCGCUCACACCGUACGUUCUUGCAGUUUACAGAGAAAAAUCAACGGCGCGAAGGGAACGGCGAGCAACCGCUACUGCGCGCGCGCGCGCGUGUGUGUGUGCGCACGGUGCCUCGUGCGUCAUUUCGGUGACUUUGGUAUACAUCCUGUUCUUUUUUAUUUAUUUAUUUUCCUGCUUAUACGUUAUUUGUGUGUGUGCGUGCGUGCGUUUGUGCGUGCGUGCGGGUGGGCGUGUGUGUGUAAAAUGCCAAGUGUUGGCCCGUCACCGCGCGCGCGUGUCAAGCCGGGCCGCACGUUUGGAAGGACGCCCGACCGCAGCCUUUCUCAUCUGCAAGUUCACUCCGAUGAAUUGUGACAAAGGGCUGUCAGCGCCCGAAUAAGAAAUCGAUGCUCGAGGAAGCGACGCGCGGCUCUCCUGGAAUUUUAACGAUCCCCGUUUUUUUUCCUCGCGUCUUUAUAACCAUGCGAAGUGGCUCUCCUGGACUCCUGCUCGCCGCUGCAACUCGAGGGGGCUGAUAGUGACAGAUUACCGCUGUUGAGUGUCCAUGCAAGACUCGGAGAGGGUGAGAGAGGAGAGGAAACAUGUCUGGCCACUUCUCUGAGAGGAUCCCUGCUAUCAGAGAUGGCAUUUUUGCCCGGCACGGCGCUGCUCGCUUCUAAAGUGCCUCGCAAAAUCCUGUUCAUGUUCACGCUCUCUCUGUCCGUAACGUACCUGUUCUACAGUUUGAUGAGCUGCUACGACUCGCUGCGCUUCCCCGUGCUGGAGAACUACGCGUACCAGGCACCGGAGGUCACAACUUUGGCCACGCUGCGGGAGAAACUUUAUUCCACCCCUUCCCGCGCGCACCUCGACCAGGAACUCGCGGCGACGACCGUCACGGCUAAUCUGUUCACGGAGAAAUACGACGUCGAGGAGAUCACUGCGGGAUGGGAGCGAGCUCGGGCGGAGACGCCAGUUAGCAAGACCGCCGCGGUGAACGUGGAGCAUCCGGAGACCAGCACCAUGGACGGAGGGCUGGGGAGAGCCGUGAACUGCACGUCGGAUUACGGAGAGAAGAAAUUACCCCAAGCUAUUAUAAUAGGGGUGAAGAAAGGGGGCACGAGGGCUCUGCUUGAGGCGCUCCGAGUUCACCCGGACGUGCGCGCGGUCGGGAACGAGCCGCACUUCUUCGACAGGAACUACGAAAAAGGACUGGACUGGUACAGGGAUUUAAUGCCAUCAACGCUGGAGGGUCAGAUCACCAUGGAGAAAACACCCAGUUACUUUGUGACGAACAGUGCUCCCAAGCGCAUCCACACCAUGGCAAAGGACAUCAAACUGAUCAUAGUGGUGCGCAACCCAGUGACUCGAGCCAUUUCCGACUACACACAGACGCUGUCCAAACGGCCCGAGAUCCCCACCUUCGAGGUCCUCGCUUUCAAGAACCGGACUCUGGGUCUAAUCGACGCCUCGUGGAGCGCGCUGCGUAUCGGCAUCUAUGCCCUACACCUAGAAAACUGGCUCCAGUACUUUCCCCUGUCGCAGAUGCACUUUGUGAGCGGCGAGCGUCUCAUCACGGAUCCGGCCGGAGAAAUGACCAAGGUGCAGGACUUCCUGGGUCUCAAGCGCAUCGUCACUGAUAAGCACUUCUACUUCAACAAGACCAAAGGCUUCCCCUGCUUGAAGAAGCCUGAGGACAGCAGCACCCCGCGGUGCCUUGGCAAGUCCAAGGGCAGGACACACCCCAAAAUAGAGCCGGAUGUCAUCCGCAGACUGCACAAGUUCUACAAGCCCUUUAAUAACAUGUUCUACCAAAUGACAGGGCAAAACUUCCAGUGGGAGAUGGAAGAUGGAGGUGACUCGCCCGGCCCACGGGACUGACAGACUGGCACUUCUCUGCUCCACCAGCUUAACCACCCCUCUACCAUGUUAGCCCACCCCCACCCCUCCCUCAUUACCCCAACCCUGAAAUUCCUCAUUGUCCUUAAACAGUGCUUCAGCACAACCAAUCAGUAAUAUCUGUCUGUAUUUAGAGCAAAGAUUUCUGCUCUUUAAUCCAUUUCCCCCAACAAGCCAAUGAUCUUCACAGUGGCGAUUUGUUGUAUAUAUAUCAUACAGUACAUAAAUAUAUUUAUAUUUGUCAAAAGAAGAUGCUUUUAUUCAUUUGGUUUUCGAAUACGACGUUGCUCUAAAAUCAUGUCUAUAAUGAUGAUGCAUGCAAUGAGUUAAGUGUCCUUACCCCCUCAGCCAUAGAUUAUUCACUCAGUUUUUAUUUCUUUGUUUGUUUCUUUAGAUCAACUCACAUAUAUUACAUUAUAUACCUGCUGAAGGGUGUCUCUAGCAAAUCAUUUUGUUCUUGACAUUAGGCUUAAUCAAAGAAUUUUUAAAAUUUAUUUACAGAUUUUGGGUGAGUAGAUUCAGCCUUAGUCCACGAAACUUCACAAGCCCCUGUAUUUCUACACUAAAUAUUCAGCAUCAACUUCAAAUCAAAGAAAGAAACAUCAACACACUUAAAUUUUGUGUUUUCUUUAAUUGGAUGUUGAGGAGUUUACCCAAAGUGUCCUCACUCCCAAUGUAAACACACUGAAACAUGGGCAGAAGCCUGUCAGGUCUCUGUACAAAGAGCUCUGAAACAUCAAACUCUAACACACAAACACUGGCUUUGAGGAUGAACCUCGUGCAUCACAGGUCUGCGGCACAGUGAAUGAAUGAACACUGUCCAUAAUAAAGCAGGUCAUUUUUAGUUCA